CGCCGUGAUAAGCCGACAUGGACGACUUGCGCCUGCCCGUGCGCUCGAUCCUGCGCACGUCCAAGGCCCGCGUCGAUGCACCUGCGAAGAAGAGCGCGAUGAAGUCGCCGGCGAAGCGGCGCCGCGGCCCCGAAGGCCCAACGCCGACCAAGCCCGGGAAGGCCAUGCUGCACACGAUGGAUUUUCUCGAUGGCAUCGCAUCGCCGCGACGCGUGACGUUCUCGCCCUUUGUAGCGCGCACGCCCAAGCGCCCAAAGGUAGAUGCAUCGACCAACGACGACGAAAACACGGACGAGGACGCGGACGAAGCCGCCGCGACGGUCCGGAAGCAACGGCGGAUGCGCAUGCGCUUUCAGCACGUCCGCCGACAGCCCUUGCACGCACGCCUCACGAAGUGGGUGCGCGGCUGGUGGUCUGGUAAGCAAUAUGAGCCCCUCUUCUCGGCGGACGACGAAGCGCCCGCCCGGCCGCCGUACACACCCGUACCGGACUUUACACACGACGAUCGCGCCUACAACGAACAGUACGACCGCCGAGUGGAAGAAGCCGCUCAACGCGAGAACGUUGCUCCGUCCAAUGCUGUGUUUCUCGACGAGAUACCGCUGGAGCUGGCGCUGCCGUGCGACGGUGCGUUCGACCAACUCGCCGACACCCUCCGCCCCCGCGUGGUCGCGCCGAUCUCGCCCACGCUCGCCAAGCUCUGCGACGAUCUUCCUGGUGUGCGAAGACUUUGCAGCUCGACCACGUAGACGUCCGAUCCUCUAUAAUAUGCGCACGACGAACGAUGUGAUGCUGUCUGUCUGCUCCCACCCGUCCUCGUUGCAGCAACACGGCCGUCGUCGUUGGCACCCAUCGC